UGUGGCUUGCCAAAAGCUGUUUAAUUUAGUACCAGUCUUGGUGAUUACUUAAUUUAGGUCUCUCUCUCUUUCAUUAUGGGGGUGGGAGGCAACCUGAACACACAAGCAUCCAACUUUAUGCCAAGUCGCUGAUAUGGGCAAAAGAGUUUGGGAAAGAAUCCAGACUGUAAAUAAAAUCACACUGCAACCCACAGUCGAGUCACUGCCAAAAUCUUGCAAUUCACGGGAAGCUGGGAUUGGCUCCCUGGGAAAGGAGGGUCCUGGAAAUGGCAUGGAACUAUCCCACUGAGGCUUUCUGGAAGUGACCAAGAUUGCUAUAUAAAUUGCCACCAGCAAGGCUGAAACCUAACACAGCUCACCUUUCUUGCACAGCGCAGAUUGGGACCCUGAAAAAGAAGUCAAAUUCAGAUCCGGAGACUCCCUCUCGACCCAUCGCCAUGGAAAGAUACGUCUCUGCCGUCCGCAAGAUGGAGCAAACGGUGAUGUUUCCCAGCCUCCUCCUCGGAGUCUCCUUGGAAGACCAGGCUGAAACAUUUGAGACCGACUCGAGCAACGGAGACUCCAGCGAGAGAGACCUGUAUGAAGAUUACACUCUGCUAAAAGCCAUCAAGGGGAGGGCAGAGGGUGGCUUAGCACCUCUUGACUUCCAGAAUCCCAGCCUCAAGGAAGAGGAGAGCAAAGAGAAGGCUGAUCUGGAAGAUCUCUUCCAUUACCACGUGUCCGGCUUGCACCGCGUCCUCACCCAGCUGACAAGGAGGGCCAACGCCGUGACUUCCAAAUACAAUGAAAUCAUGGGGCAGAUCAACCAGAACGAAAUCUCUCUCCGCUGGUGAGACAUAUGCCAAGGACACCAAAGGACAACCUGAAUUUCUGAACCUGCACAUGUGUACAACUUGGGUCCUCUGUCUGAGGCUGCGCAACGAAGGCUCUCAAUGGACAAUCUAGAGACCUUGACUGCAGCAUCUACCCCACAACGUUGUGUAGCAUGGACUUUACUUGAAUAAGCCAAGCACUGAUAUUUGUGAACGUAAUUGCUAUCUAUAUUCUAUUUGUGAACGUAAUUGCUAUCUAUAUUAUAUUUGUGAACAAAAUGUCUAUCUGUAUGGUAUUUGUGGACAAAACUGAUAUCUAUAAACUCCAUGGCAAAUGUAUG